ACUGCACCAACUCCCAGAGGACGAGGUCAAAGUAUUGAAGACCAACAGAUAGUCAUUUCAGGUGUCACCAACGAGGAGUUUGGAAGCUGGAACCAAAGAGCAGAUAUAAUGCUCAUCAAAAUGAGCCCAGUCAAGCUGGCCCAGCGUUUCUGCUCCACCUUGGUCCCCGUGUUGGCUCUCCUGAGCGUCAGUGUUUCCUUACCCAUGGCAGACCCCCCCAUGGUUCCUGGGCGCCCCUUUAUGUUCAUGUGGAACGCCCCGACCGAGCUCUGUGAAGUCCGCUACGACAUCGACCUCGACCUCUCAUACUUCGACCUUGAGAGCAGCACGCUGAAAUCGGCAACUAAUCAGAGCAUCUCCUUGUUCUACACCGAUCGCUUUGGUGUCUUCCCUUAUGUCAAUGAAGACACUGGUGAGAUGCAUGAAGACGGCCUCCCACAGUUCAUAGAUAUGGCAGAGCAUCGCGAGGAGGCUGAGGAUGACAUUGAGUACUACAUCCCCACUGACCAACCGGGUCUGGCUGUGCUUGACUUUGAGGAAUGGCGGCCACAGUGGAACCGAAACUGGGGAGACAAAGAUAUCUACCGAGAUAUCUCAGUGGACAUGGUGAAGUUUAAAAAUCCAACGAUGUCUGAUGACAUGGCAGAGGACCGGGCCAAAAUUGUGUUUGAACGUGCAGCAAAGAAGUACUUCGUCAAAUCCAUCAACAUUGGGAAGAGACUGAGGCCAAACAGACGUUGGGGUUAUUAUUUAUACCCUGACUGCUACAACUACGACUUCAACCAGGGGCUAGAGGAUUUCACUGGGGAGUGUCCUGAUAUCGAGAAGGAUCGAAAUGACGAGCUGCUGUGGCUUUGGAAAGAGUCCACAGCGCUCUAUCCAUCCAUUUAUCUGGAGUUGAUGCUCAGAGACACCCAGCAGGCCCGUUGGUUUGUUCGCCAUCGUAUGCAAGAGGCCAUGAGGGUCUCAGCGCUCGCCAACAGCUCUCACGCCAUCCCCGUCUAUCCCUACAUAAGACCUGUGUAUAAGGACAGCGUUGAUAACUACAUGUCAGAGUAUGACCUCGUCAACACUAUUGGAGAAGCUGCCUCUCUCGGUGCCGCUGGUGUCGUUGCCUGGGGAGACAUGGACCUCACAGAUACAGAGGAGUCUUGCAUUGAUGCCGACAAUCACUUGGAUCAAGUGAUGAAUCCAUACAUCCUGAAUGUCUCCAUGGCAACAAAAAUGUGUAGUAAGGCACUGUGCCAGGGCCAAGGACGCUGUGUGAGGAAGAACUGGAAUGAAGACGUCUACCUUCAUCUUGACCCACGUCGCUAUCGAAUCCAGCGGGACGUUCCUGGUGGCCCACUGACUGUGAAUGGCCGCCUCUCGCAGGAUGACAUCCGUUUCUACGAUCAAAACUUUGACUGCAUGUGCUACAGCCCGGAGCCGUGUAGAUCAGUUCUGUCUCUCAGCGCCAUCACGGAGCCGGUCACCAACACGAGUCAAGAUGGCAAUAAGCAGAGGCUCAGGAAAAAGAUUGCUGUAGCAAAGAAAGCAUUUGAAGAAGCCGUCACUGAAUAUAAUGCUGUUGUGGGUGAAGCUGAAAAACUUCCUCUUCCUAAUGAUUUCUUGACUGAGAACAACGACUACAGGCAAUCAGAAUGUCAUGGUGAUAUGGCACAGAAGAAAGAGUUCUACUUUAACGUUAUGGAGCUGACCAGUCUUAAAGAAGAAGCAGUCGUUUUGAUUCGUGAAUUCAAGCAGUACUGGGAGCAGAUGAAGAAUAUGACAAAAGUGACUAAAGAACUUUUCUCCCAGCUUUCCCAAGGCCUCCCUGGAUAAAGCAGUACCGAGGCAUUGGCGGAGGGAGGAUGUGAGGGGCUACUCCGUGUACUGAAGACAAGAUUGCACCAGGUCCAAGCUCAGCAGGCCACAGCACACAACACAUACCACAAUAUUUUGGGAGAGAAAAUUGUAUUUUGGAUGAGUCCUCUGAAGAGGAAAACUUGGACAGUAACUCCUCCACUGAUGAAAGAAUUGAUGAUUAGGAGAGGGUGUGAUUGAGCUAAGGGUGUAAGGGUCUGUUUUUAGCACUCCAUCUACUUAGACUCAAUGAAUCAGAAUCAGAAUCAGAAUCAGAAUCAAUGAUGAACCCAUGUUGAGUUUUUUGCACUAUUCUCCAUCCCACAAAGUCUAUAUUCUCGUGUGUGUCUAUUCGUGCACUUGCAUUGGACUGUUUUUGUUUAUUUAUUUAAUACAUGCUGUUAAGGAAUACAGCAUAGUGAGUAUAUAUUACAUCUUGUGUUAUGUGCACCAAAUUACUUAGAUUGACUAAUAAAGAUUAUUCUGAUUUUAUGUUGAUGCCUUUAGAUUCUCGUUUCACUUUGUAUUAAUCUAUUCCUUUUUCAUGAGCCAAAGAAUAUAAAUGAUGAUUGCCAAAGACUGUAAU